AUGGCGCCCGAAGCGCCCAAGAAGAAGGUCGAGUGGCCUCCUGCUGUGCGCGAGUACGUUAGACGUGCCUUCGAUCCCAACAACGCGAUCCCGGGCAUCUCCCUAGAGGACAUGCAGGUGCGCCUGAAGGAGACCAUCGGCUGGUUUGCCGAGCGUAACUCGCACGAUACCGUCGACUGGCCCAACUUCCCCUUGCCUCAGCAGCUUCUCCGUGAUGAGCGUAGGAAAGCAGCGGCACUCGGUACACCUGCCCAUGGUAUCGCCGACAGCGUACACCCCGCAUACAUGAAUGGCUCAUCCCAACACACUAACCAAAAUUCACCACAAUCAAAGAAGCGCAAUGCUGCAGAUGCGCAAGACGAGCAAGCCCAAGCCAUCCCACCCUGGCGUAACACUAACCUAGCCUCCCGUAUGACCUAUGCCGACGACCACAACGGCAAACGCCAGAAGAAGAAUGCUCUCGCCAACGCCUCAAGUAAGUUUGAUCAGGCUGAGCUCGACAAGCGACGACAACGCUUUCAGCUCGGCAGCAACGGCACCAAGACGACGCCACCCUGGGGCUCGCCGCGUAAAGACGAAGACGAAAUGCCCACCGGACCCGUUGUCGGAACCAACGAGUGCCUCGAAAAGAGCUAUUUCCGUUUGACCGCACCUCCCAAGGCGGAGACAGUCCGUCCACUCCACGUCCUCAAGAAGACUUUGGCCAUGCUCGUGGAAAAGUGGAAGGCGGAUAAGAACUACAACUACAUCUGUAAUCAGUUCAAGUCCCUCCGCCAGGAUCUUACUGUCCAGCACAUCAAGAAUGCCUUCACGGUCAAGGUGUACGAGAUCCAUGCGCGGAUAUCGUUAGAAAAGGGGGAUUUGGGUGAGUAUAAUCAGUGCCAGACGCAGCUGAAGGCAUUGUAUGCGCAGAACCUGGGCGGCAACCCUGCCGAGUUCAAAGCGUAUCGCAUUCUUUAUUUCGUUUACACGUGCAACAAGACCGACAUGAACGACAUGUUGGCAGAAUUAACCCUCGCAGACAAAUCCCACAAGUGGAUUAAGCAUGCUCUUGACGUUCGAUCUUCACUUGCGCUCGGCAACUAUCACAAGUUUUUCCGACUUUACCUCGAAGCAGAGAACAUGGGCGCUUACCUCAUGGACAUAUACGUAAAUGUCACUCUCCGUUUCCUCACUGAUGAACUCGGCUUCGACAACGAUGUAACAUGUCGUGAAUUCCUCGAAUCGCAGGGCGCACAAGGCGUCAUAGAAGACAAGGGCGACAAGCAGUAUCGCGUCAAGAUCCGAGAAGUGGCGCAACUAUUCGAGCAGCGUCGUGCAGCGGCAUUCAGCAAAGUAGACAUUAAAGGCCAAAUAUGA